CAUAAUUGUUAUCACAGUACAAGCAAAUGUAAUUUCAGGGCGUGAUAGGUUUCACAAAUAUGGCGAAGGAAACAAAUAUGUUCCUCAACUUAUCGAACGCCUUGAUUUAAGAACGUGUGGUUCAUGAACGGCAGGAAACACUGAACUUGAUAAUAACAAAGAAUCCGAAAUUCCUGUAAGUGCCUUGGCUCAGAUGGAGACAUGCGGAAAAGAUUUUCCAAUUAACAGUGGUAGGAUUUUUUUGAUCCACGCAUUUAGAGUGGAUGAGAGGACCUUCGAGGGAAGGUGGCAAACCGCCCACCAUUUCACAGUCAUGAAGCGGAAUAGGUUCAUCAGUGCGGGUGGCAUGAGAAAAUGUUAUGCAGCAGAAAUUUUCGGAUUUCCGGAAGAAUUCUUAAAUCGAGCCUCCGAUGAAUGGGUUCUGAAAGACUAUCUGGAGAAUGUGAAUGGUGAUCGGUAUGAUCUGUGUAGAAAGGACGUUCAGACCCAGGCCGUUGCCCAGACGUUGGGGGAAAUAUUUUCCAAGAAAGUCAAAGGCAUCGAAGGCUUUGGUGCAUUUCCCCGGAUACUACCAUCCUUCCUGGUGCAGCAAGUAGGCCCUCCUAAUUAUUUCACUAUUGAGCCAAAGAUUGACUCAAGUUCCUAUGUAAAGCAUAUAAACAACGAUGGGCUGCCAGAACCACCUAGUCUGAGAAGUCAGUUGGGCCAAAAAUGCUUGGCUUUCUCCCACUGGUCCUUGAAGUUCACAGGGGGUAGAUUCCUAGUUUGCGACGUACAAGGGUCUGAGGAUGCCCUUACAGACAUCCAAAUAGCAUCGGUGGACAAGGAGCGUGAGCUGUUUGGCGCUGGAAACCUUGGAGAGGGAGGUUUUACGCAGUUCAAACGUUCACACGAGUGCAACCCUUAUUGCACUCUUCUUGGUCUCGAAAGAUUCAAAAUCGCUUCAAAACAAGGGAGUGGGGACGAAUAUGGAAAAUGUGGCCGUUUUAGAAAAAAGGAGAAACUAGCUUGAAAGGUUGAAUUUCAUGAUGUGCUGUUACCACGGACUAAGACUUACGGCUCAAUUAGUAAUUUACUAUUACAAUUGCUGUUAUUCAUGGAUCAUCUAGUGUGCCUUUAAGGCAACUAUUUAAGGCUGUAAGGUACUUCUGUACUUGUAAUGUUUAGUGAUUUUAAA